AUGGCUCAUGAACCCCAUAACCACAAGAUAACCGGCCAAGGGAUAGUAGUUUACCGCUGCGAUAAUUGCCGUAAACUCUUCUCGUCAAGCCAGGCCUUAGCGGGACACCAACACCUCCAUAAGGUUCAAGGGACUUGGGUAAAAGGUCACCACCACAAGUUUCUCUUGCCACCUGAUUAUCUCCCCGACCUUAACCGUUUCAUUGCUCGUAACAACAAGUCUAUCACCGUACGCAUCGGUGGUCGGGGCAAGCCGAUAGUGCAGGAGCCUCUUGCUGUUGCACCUGCACCUGCACUCGCCACUCCUUUGCUUGCUCAGGCCCCGGCCUCGGCCCCCAUUGGCCCCCGUCAUGGUAGGCCACAGUCAGUUAUUCAACCGCAGCCGACGGUGCAGGUGCCUCUUGCUGCUGCACUUGCAACCGCCACUCCUUUGCUUGCUCAGGCCUCGCCCCUACCUCUUGCUGUUGCACCUGCACCUGCACCUGCACCUGCACCCGCACCCGCACCCGCCACUCCUUUGCUUGCUCAAUCCCUGGCCCUGCCUCUUGCUGCUGCAUCUUCAGCCGCCACUCCUUUGCUUGCUCAGGCCCCGGCCCAGGCCUUGCCUCUCGCUGUUGCACCUGCACUCGCCACUCCUUUGCUUGCUCAGGCCCCGACCCUUGUCGCUCGUCGUCGUGGCAAGCCACGGUCAAUUAUUCGACCGCAGCCAAUGGUGCAAGCGCCUCUUGCUACUGCACCUGCACCCGCCACUCCUUUGCUCGUUCAAGCCCCGGCCCCUGUCGCCCGCCCUCGUGGCAGGCCACGGUCAAUUAUUCGAUCGCAGCCGAUGGUGCAAGUGCCUCUUGCUGCCUCACCUACACCUGCGACUCCUUUGCUUGUUCAGGGCCCGGACCCUAUCGCCCGCCUUGAAAAUCAACUGGCUUUGUAUCAGAAUCGCUUGAAUUAUUUUAAAGUUGUGGCUGCUAGGCGUGAAGAAUCAACACAUUCAUCCACUGGGAGUACCAGUACUAUUACAGCUGAUAAGACUAAUGGGAAGAAGAAGGUUGAAGAGGAGGUUGAGGAGCUUGACUUAGAGCUUAGGCUUUAG